GAGAGAGAGGGGAAAUGGGAGGAGAUACAAAAGGGAGGAACGGAGAGGAGAGGAAGGGAGAGAGUCAUAGUAAGGAGGUUUAUGAACAAAAGGGAGUUGUUGUCAGUGAUACGGCACAGACAGACAGACAGACAGACAGACAGCACAGACGUACAGACAGAAGUCAUCCCGCAGCAGGGCUGUGUUUGGAGCGAGCAGAGGUGGAAGUGCAGGUCGGCACAGAGAGGGAGUUUCCUAGAGGCAGAGGUCAGGCGGAGAGGAAGCCGGUGGAUGUUUUGAAGAGUUUGCUUAUCUGACACUGACAACAGGAUGACAGACUGAGUGAGUGAGCGAGCAGUGAAGUGAGGGGAGGAAAACAUGGACCCAGCAGCUCUAUAUAGGAGACACGGGAGAGACAGACAGAUGCUGCCCUGAGACAGAGAGACACACAGGGGUGAGAAAAGGGAGAGACACCGGUAGAAACGGAGAAAAAUAACAGAGAGGUUGUCCACUGUUGUCCACUCUGCCCAAAGGAGCGGGAGCGAGAGCCGAGGGAUCCUAACACUGGAGCUCAAGGAUAAACCAUGGACUCUGCAUACAUCCCACCACACCUGGACGUCCACCAUGUUCCCUGCUAACCUCCUGCUCCUCAUGGUCCUGCUGCUACCUCAAGCCUCGUCUGGUCGCCAAGGUGGAGACACCAGCAAGAUCGACCAUGGCAGGGUGUCCUCUGUGUCUUCCUCUGUGCCACAGCCAAACACUGCCAGCUCCCUCCUGGAGCCCAGUCUGGCUCACACCAUCCAAAGUCUCCUGCUGACCCGACUGGGCCUGCAGUCACAGCCUGACCCGCGGUCUGGGGUUCCGGUGCCGCAGUACCUCCUGGAUCUCUACCGCUUCCACCAGGAACAGUACCAUCUAUUGGAGGAUCCUUCGUUCAGCUUCCCCAGCCAGCACAUCCAGCAGGCCAACACUGUCCGCAGCUUCCACCACAGCGAUCACCUUGGAGACCGUCACAAACAAGAAGACCACAGCAGGGUGCACAUUACCUUCAACAUUUCCUCCAUCCCUCAGGAUGAGAAAGUGCUGUCUGCUGAGCUUCGCCUCCUCCGCAGUGACCGAGCCGCCGUUGGCUCUGGGCCCCACAGUAUUAACCUGUACCUCUCUGAGCACCCGGACGAGUCAGAGCCCGCCCUGCUGGAGACGAGGCUGCUCACCUCUGGCCCCAACACUCGUAAAGCAGGCGGUUCUUGGGAGGCUUUCAGCUUAAGCUCGGAGCUCCUCCAUCAGGCUCUUGACAGAAGUGGGAGCUUGGGUUUCCUGCUGGAGAUUAGACCGGUGAACAGCACCUCCUCGCUCCUGCAGCAGAGCCUGGCCUCCGCCAUCAGUGACCGGCAGAAUCGCAAACAGGGCCACCUGAGGGUCUGCAGGUCUCUGGAUCAGGACGAGCACAGCUGGGCGCAGGAGAGGCCACUCUUGGUGACGUACAGUCAUGACGGUCGCGGAGAGCCUUUGGUCAAACACGGAAGGCGGGGCCAGAGUGGUGGUCAGAGAACGAGGGGCAGAAAGGGGUCAAAAGAGAGAAGCAGAAGCAGCAGGGGCCGUAACAAGGGCCAAACCUGGAUGAAGGCCAAAAAAACUGUUUAUACAGCACCGGGCUGGGCAGGCGAUAAAGGUGGAGUGAGCUGGAGUGACACGGGAAGGGUGAAAAGAAACGGCGGGCGAGCUGCGAAACUUAAACGCCUCUCCCGCAACAGGUGCCGCCGUCAUCCUUUAUAUGUGGACUUCAACGACGUGGGCUGGCACAAGUGGAUCAUAGCGCCCAGCGGUUACGAGGCCUUCUUCUGUUUGGGAGAGUGUCGCUUCCCUCUGGCCGACCACAUGAACUCCUCCAGCCACGCCAUGGUUCAAACUCUGGUGAACUCCGUUAACGGAGCAGUCCCUCGGGCCUGCUGCGUCCCCACCUCCCUCAGCCCUAUCGCCCUCCUCUAUCUGGACCCUCAAGACCGAGUGGUGCUGAAGAACUACCAGGACAUGGUGGUGGAGGGCUGCGGCUGCCGGUAGGGCGCCCUCUACUGGAGGGUGUCGUUGAAGG